AUGGUUUUACGAUACUACUACAACAGCAAAGAGAACAGAUGUGUGAUUUUCCUCUAUGGGGGCUGCAAUGGAAAUGACAAUAACUUCUAUAGCAAACAGGCCUGUGAGAGCGCCUGCCAGGAGGCAAAUGCAGCUGUUACCUGCCAACUACCUGUGGAUGCUGGGUUAUGCGAUAAUAAUGUCUUGCGCUACUACUACGACAGCACUGAAAAUAAGUGCCUCAUCUUUCAAUAUCAUGGCUGCUUUGGAAAUGCCAAUAAUUUCAUUAAUAAACUGGAAUGUGAGAAGAAAAAUGUCUAA